CAGUAGGCGUUGCUCGCCCAAUACUCAAUAGUUGCUCGGACGUCGACGUUCUAUAGUUGUUAGCAAAAGCUCCAUUACUUGCUUUCGCCAACUAUCGAUUUCCUGUGGCGGCUACUUGGCUCUUUUUUUCUACGAGAAGACAAGAAAUAAAUUAUAAUACAAAAUGCGUGAAUGUAUCUCAAUCCACGUUGGCCAAGCUGGUGUACAAAUUGGCAAUGCCUGCUGGGAGCUGUAUUGCCUGGAACAUGGCAUCCAACCCGAUGGUCAAAUGCCUUCUGAUAAAACUAUUGGAGGUGGAGACGAUAGUUUCAACACCUUCUUCAGUGAGACUGGUGCUGGCAAACAUGUACCCAGAGCUGUCUUCAUCGAUCUGGAGCCUACUGUAGUUGAUGAGGUUCGUACUGGAACUUAUCGUCAAUUGUUCCAUCCGGAGCAAUUAAUUACUGGCAAGGAAGAUGCUGCAAAUAAUUAUGCUCGCGGUCAUUAUACAAUCGGCAAGGAGAUAGUCGACCUCGUGCUUGACCGCAUCCGUAAGCUCGCAGAUCAAUGUACUGGCUUGCAAGGUUUCCUCAUUUUCCACUCAUUCGGUGGUGGUACCGGCUCUGGUUUCACAUCCCUGUUGAUGGAACGUUUGUCCGUCGAUUAUGGAAAGAAGUCGAAGCUUGAGUUCGCUAUUUAUCCUGCACCACAAGUCUCCACAGCUGUGGUCGAACCAUACAACUCUAUCCUGACUACGCACACCACUCUUGAACAUUCCGAUUGCGCAUUUAUGGUUGACAACGAGGCAAUCUACGAUAUCUGUCGCCGCAACUUGGAUAUUGAGAGGCCAACCUAUACGAAUCUCAAUCGCUUGAUCGGCCAGAUCGUGUCCUCCAUCACGGCGUCUCUGCGAUUUGAUGGUGCCCUGAAUGUCGACUUAACGGAAUUCCAAACUAAUUUGGUACCCUACCCGAGAAUUCAUUUCCCUCUGGUCACAUACGCACCUGUCAUCUCGGCCGAAAAAGCCUAUCACGAGCAGCUCUCUGUCUCGGAAAUUACAAAUGCGUGCUUCGAGCCGGCUAAUCAAAUGGUCAAGUGCGAUCCGCGUCAUGGUAAAUAUAUGGCCUGCUGUAUGCUUUAUCGCGGUGAUGUCGUGCCUAAAGAUGUCAACGCGGCGAUUGCCACUAUCAAGACGAAGCGUACUAUUCAGUUCGUCGACUGGUGUCCCACCGGUUUCAAGGUCGGCAUCAAUUAUCAGCCACCGACCGUCGUUCCGGGUGGCGAUCUUGCAAAGGUCCAGCGCGCCGUCUGCAUGUUGUCAAAUACUACCGCUAUCGCGGAGGCUUGGGCUCGUCUUGAUCAUAAAUUCGAUCUGAUGUAUGCCAAACGUGCAUUCGUCCAUUGGUACGUCGGCGAAGGUAUGGAAGAAGGAGAAUUCUCUGAGGCGCGCGAAGAUCUUGCUGCAUUGGAGAAGGAUUACGAAGAGGUCGGAAUGGACUCCGCAGAAGGCGAGGGUGAAGAAGGCGCUGAGGAAUACUAAGUGACGCGAAUACCAUUUGUCUGCUUGUGUUACAGCUUUGUCUAAAAUGUCUCAAUACAUUUUGAAAUAGAGUAAUCAUUUACAAAGCAA